AUGACCGCAACCGCGACGGUGACGGCAACGGACUCUCCGGCCUCACUCCUAACAUCAGCCGCCAUCCCACCCCUACCAACGAACUUUGACUCUGCCCGAGCAAAUGGCAAAGAUGCGACCUCCACGGUGGCAGUUGUGACCCUCUUGGCUGUUAUUAUCUUCAGCCUCAUCCUGCUCGUCGCACUUUCCUACUUUAUCUUUCUCCACUUCUGCAGCAAAUGUCCCAACUGUCCUCGCUACGAAGACGAGCUGAAGAAGUGGAAGUGCGGCGACUUGAAACCCAUCAUGCCAUCUAUGGUCCAAGAGCGCAUGCGCGCUUGGGAUCUAGAGAGAGGCGGUAUGGAUUUGCAGGUCAAGAUGUAUAAGGACCGUGUUCAGAGCUUGGUGUGUUUGGAGGGGCGUGCGGAUAGCUUGUGGUCUGAGGAUACUGGAGAUAAUGAAAAAGCUUCUGACUAUGAGAAAGAGGAGGCCAAAGAGUAUUUCCAGGCUGAUGCUAAAUUGCAGGAACCGGCGCCAACUCAUCUUACUGCUGCAGUUGAGGCAAUCGCUCUUGUGUACAAAGAUCCGGAUGUAACCUUGGUCAAUCCGAAGACAUGUAGCGCACACCUUCGCGAUGUGAUUGCGCCGCGCGAAGCAGAAGCCAAGCGCUCAUUGCAGGAGGCACAAGAACAGGCCUUUGCCCCCCAGUGCAAUAGAGCCUCGGAUUCAACGAACCGAGAGUCUGUCCAACAUCGGGCUCUGGGCAAGGUCAAUGACCUGAUUGUGGAGCGGGAAGCAAAGAAGGAGGAAGCGGACAAGCAACGGAUGCCUGCGCCUCGGCAAAUCGCUCAGUCGCGGUUCAAGCAACACUUUAGCGUAGAGACAAAUAAAUCCUUUGAUUGA